GCCGGAACAAUGUCAGAGCCCUUUAAAAUACGCCAGGGAGUAUUUCAGGGGGCCGUUAACAGUAUGAUCCUGUAUCAAUUUUAUAUAAGUGACUUAUUAACGGAACUCCAAAGGAGCAAUUUAGGAGCCAAGGUCAUGGGAAUGAAUACCUGCUCCCCAGCGUACGCUGAUGACAUUGCAUUAGUAGCUUUAUUCCCAGGGGCAAUGGACACGUUGCUGGAUAUCUCAUUUAAACAUAGUUCAAAAUGGAGAUACACUCUUCACCCACAGAAAUGUGUCGCGCUAACGUAUGGUAGCAACGAAAAAUACGCAUUUAAUUUAGGGACGGACACGAUAAAAAACGUCACGAAGGCCAAACAUGUGGGCAUACCUCUGAGUACAACCGGAGAUUUUAGUGACCACACCAAGCACGCUAUAUCAAGUGGCAAAAGGAAACUGUUUACGCUUUUUGGACUCGGUCAUAAAACAAACGGCCUAUCCCCCAUUCUAGCCACUAAGUUGUAUAAUAGCUUUACUGUUCCUACGUUUCUCUACGGUGAUCAAAUCAUCAACUAUAAACAACGUGAUGUUGAAAUGAUGGAAGUGGCCCAACGCGAAAUUGGACGAAGGAUACAAUUUCUUCCCAGUAAUUGCAGCAAUCCAAUGUCGACGAUGCCACUGGGAAUGUGUUCAGUUAAACUAAAGAUGGACUAUGACAAACUCCUUAUGUUUUUCAGUAUUAUUACGCUUCCCAUGACAAAUAUUUACAAACAACUACUGAUGAUGCGCUUUAUGAGCAUAUUUAUACAAGGAAAAAAAUGGGAUUCACCAAUAUACAGGAUGUGGGAGUGUAUAAAACGUCACAAUCUAUUAGACUAUGUGAUCAAUAUGAUUACCAACGCGAAUUUUCCAUCUAAAUAUACAUGGAAAAGGAUAAUUAGGAAUAUAAUAGGCACCAAACAGAGAAACGACUACAACACGAUUUGCGCAAUGUACAAGCGCCACGACAUAGGUGUAAAGAUUUCGGAUGUCUCAACUAAUAGAAGUGGACUACUUAAACCAUGUAUAUGGUGGUUACUCGCAAAAAUGAAACCAGAAAAUCUUCCAGUAUGUAAAAUUAUGAUGCGCCUCUCUACAGACUGCCAUGAGCUGCGCGUAAAAAACUCUGGGCUAAAUUGUAUUUGCGUUUUGUGUAAUACGUUUGAGGUAGAAACGAUUGAACAUUUCCUUAGCUCCUGUGAGGCUUACUUUGAUGAACAUGCCAGACUGACUUCUAUUAUAAAUAAAUACGGUAACCCUUGUGAUUUAAAGAGCGUUGUAUUCGGCUAUCACGAACAUAUAACUGAAAAUGACAUGAUCCAAAUAGGUGAAAUUGUUCUCCAAAUGAGUAUAAAAAGAGCUCGUUUAAUGCGAGCGUACACUGGUAACCAGAUGUAAAAAGGUGACCAAAAAACACUUUCUGUAAAUAGUUUUGACUUUAUUAUGUACAUGUAUAUGUGUUGUAAAUUAUAAAACUACUCUGUUUAACUACAGGUUAAUAAAUUAAUAAUAAUAAUAUGUUUUGAUUUUCUGAGAAAGAUAAAUAUGCUACUGUACCACGUGUGUACAUAGUUUGAAAAAAUAAACGAUAGAAACAUGAGUUUAAUAUUUUGUUUCCUUACAGUCCAAUACAUACAGUAUGUAUACUAUAGUAUAUUAAGUUUUACUAUAUAAUACAUGUGAUAGGGAAGUUAAAUCACACGUUUUUUAGAAAAUAUUUCGCCCCCGGGAACUAUUGUCCCACUCUCAAUUCACGUUUGUAGGGACCGUAAUUAGUAUAUACAUUUAUUGUUUUAUACCCAAUCGGCCAAGUAACCAGUACAGACGAGAGUCAACAGAGGAUAUGUUAUGAGGAUAUGCGUAUAGCAGCUACGUUAAAUGAGUAUAUAAGUGAAUUGAAAGUGGCGUUUCGCAAGAAUAUGUUAUACGUAUAGAAAUAUGUUUUCUCGAUCAAAUCUUAUGUUCUUUUCACCAAGAAUUGGUGUUUUCUCCUCCAAACUUCUUAUCAAUAAGGUGUAUUGGAUAGGAAUAUGACUUUAUGCCAAGUGUCACCCUACUAAUUCCCUAAUAAUAACUCUGUCAAAACGAGAUAAGCAUUUACUUACUAAUAAACAACCUUUUAUUAGCGAUGACUUCUUAUAAUUGAACAGUGCUGCCCAACAAAUUAUGAUGUAGUGCACACACUUGAUCAGCACAAUUUCAUAAUUUAUAAACCUAAGGGAUUUAUAAACACGCGUUGAGAAAUCUCCAAACAACUUCAGACAUCGUGUAGCGAAGCAUUAUAUAUCAUUUUAGCAAAAGUAUAAAGGUUUUGAACGAUUGUCAAAUAUACACAUGAACAUCAUUAUUUAAAGAUUCCAGAAAUAAAUUAAAUUAAAUCUUGAACUAUUCGAAUAUUCUUAAUAUUUAACAUUUAAUUGCUUUCAUUACUUCUA